AUGCAUUUUCACUGGCAGAAGCAAUUGGGACUGGGCUCCCUGGGCUGCUCGAUAUUCUCGUUUCUUUGCAGCAACGAUCCCAGCCAAGUCGCGCAUCACCCAGCCUGGCCACCCUCAUACCCACUGGCGGUUCGCAAUCCAUACUUAUCGACAUGGAUGCCAGCCGACCGAGUUGAUCAGCUUCCAUAUGCCGAACCUCAGUUCUGGGCGGGCCAGGAACUCGGUUGGUCAGUGAUGGUACGCGUCGAUGGUCAAGUGUAUAGCCUGAUGGGCGUUCCCAACUUGGAAGCCAGCCCAAUCCUCCCAGCAACCGUGCGACGCGCCGAGUUCACUUCGACUCAUUCGCUCUUCGAUCUGACAGCUGGAUCUGUGGCGUUUACACUGGAUUUCUUCUCGCCAGUCUCGCCGUCAAAUUACUUGCGACAGUCGCUCCCUUUCAGUAAGUCUAUGCAAACCAGUAGGGUGGUCUCACGGCCUUCAAUAUCAAGCACUAACGAACUUCGCAAACUAGGCUAUUUGACUGUGCAAGUCGGAAAUUCAUGGGGCCGUGAGAUCCAGAUCUACUCCGACAUUGACGGGAGGUGGACUGGCCGGCAACCUCGCUCGGUUUAUGACUUUGAAGAACACGACAAACUGCUCUUCCACACGCUCUCGGUCGAAGAUGCCCCCCGAUAUGCAGAAGAUCGCGAUAUGGCUCUUUGGGGACAGGCUAUUCUUGCUUCCCGUCAGGAAGGCUCAAGCAACCUUUCGGCACUCGCUGGACCUCCUGAGGUUGUCCGCACCUCUUUUGUGACGAAUGGCGAUCUAUCUGGAGAAAAGUCGACUUGGUCCGCUCAAAGUGUUGUAGCUCUUGCGCAUGACUUGGGGAACAUCGUGGGUGAUGCUUCUGUGACCUUCGCUGUCGGUUAUGAAAGGAAGGAAGCUAUCAAUUACCUCGGUGACGCAUAUACUGGUUUCUACCGAUCGGAGUAUCCCACAACUCACGAAGCACUUUCGUUCUUCUUGGAUGACUUGGACGAUGCCCAACUGGAAUCUUGGAAACUUGAUGAUGAGCUCUCUGCUUUUGCUACCGCUGCUGCCGGUCCCAAGUAUGCAGACAUUGUGGCUUUGUCAACUCGUCAAGCAUAUGGAGGUAUUGACUUGACCAUUCCCAACGAUUCACUGGCCACCGAUCAAGUGUUGGCUUUUAUCAAGGAGCUUUCCAGUGACGGGAAUGUGAAUACCAUCGACAUCAUUAUGCCUGCCUUCCCUAUCUACUGGGUGAUGGAUCCUGAUUGGAUUCGCCUGUUGCUGGAACCUGUGAUGCGAUACCUGGAUGCUGGUCGAUGGAAACUCCCUUAUACUAUUCACGACCUUGGAUCUCAUUACCCCCAUGCAAUUGGUCAUGACGAUCAGCGAGCCGAGCCCAUGCCCAUUGAAGAAUGCGGGAACCUGCUCAUUCUGGCACUCGCAUAUGUUCGCGCCACGGGGGAUGAAAGCUGGGGCAAGCAGUAUAUGGGACUGUUCCAGAAAUAUGCCGACUAUUUGGUCGAAAAUAGCAUUGAUAUUGCCGAACAGCUCUCGUCCAAUGAUGCCGCUGGCCCCUUGGCAAAUGAGACCAAUCUAGCCAUCAAGGCGGCCGUUGGUCUCAAGGCAUAUGGAGAGCUGAGCGGAGAUCGAGAAUAUUCUCGCAUCGGUGAUGAGCAUGCAGACCUUUUCUUCAGACAAGGACUUGGUACGGACGAGGACCACACCCAUUUUGUACUGGAAUACCCUGACAUGCCGGGUACAUGGAAGAUUCCGUACAAUUUAUACCCAGACGUCCUACUAGGACUACAGACGUUCCCCCAAGAAGCAUUCUCAAUGGGCAGAGAGUUCUUCGUAACGGUCCGCGGGGAAUAUGGCGUCGCACUGGACAACCGACAAGACUGGGCCAAGUCUGAUUGGAACAUGUGGCUGGCCGGUACCUUGGAGACGAGCACGCGGGACGAGUUCGUCGAUGACCUGUGGGCAUUCAUGACCAAUGGAAAGCACAACUGGCCCUUUUCGGAUCGCUACGUUUCGACCUCUGCGCGUGGCGGCGAGCCGGGUAUUCCGAUACUUUGUCGUGCACGUCCAACCGUUGGAGGCCACUUUGCAUUGCUAGCGUUGAAGGGUCCAAAUUUGCUUGAAUCAUUGUCAACUUAUCAGACCUAUGGUUCUAGGGGAUCGAGAUAUGAUAGGUUCAUGGAUCCUGCUGGUGAGCUGUGA